AUGUACACUUACGAAGUUAAUGGCAAGACCGCCGUUGUAACUGGAGGCACAAGAGGCUUGGGUCUUUAUGCUGCUGAAGGGCUAGUCAAGAAUGGCAUCAAAACCAUUGUCAUAACUUCUAGAAAGGACAAGGCCUGCCAGGAAGCCAAAGCGCAUUUAGAAAAAAUUGCCAAAGAUGACGGUAAGGCCGUUGAAGUGAUUGCCAUUCCAGCUGAUAUUUCCAAGGAAAGUGACUGUCAGAGGUUUUUUGAUGAGGUGAGCAAGAAAGUCUCCCAAGUUGAUAUUCUUAUUGCCAAUGCCGGUGCCAGUUGGGGAGCGUCCUUGGAGGAGCACCCAAUUGCUGCCGUUAAAAAAGUCCUUGAUUUAAACGUUGUGGCUGUGUUCCACACUAUUAAGUUAUUUGCUCCCUUGCUCGAAAAGGCUGGUAAGGAAAACGACCCAGCAAGAGUUAUCAUCAUGUCAUCUGUUGCUUCGCUUGUUGCAGCUGACCCAGUCGGCACUUAUGGUUACUUGGCUUCAAAGGCUGGUGUCUCUCAUUUGGGCAAGAACUUGGCUGUUCAAUUGGGCCCCAGAAAUAUCACUGUCAACUCCCUUGCCCCUGGCUUUUUCCCUACCAAGAUGUCCCAAGGUCUCUUGGACAUGGCUGGUGAAAUGAUGAAAGAAACGAACCCAAGAAAGCGUUUGGGUGUGAAGGAAGAUUUGAUCAAUGCAGUGAUGUUUUUGGUUGCUAGACAGUCUAAUUACAUCAACGGUAUUGUGUUGCCAAUUGAUGGAGGCAGUCAUGUAGGCGGUUCCUUCACACCAAAGUUGUGA